UGAAAUGUUUGCUGUUUAUAUAUCCAUCUCUUUCAUUCACAAUGAGGUUGUCGAUUCUAUAAGAUGGGUACAAAUGAUCGCCUCGAGGCCUUCCCAAUGGGAAGCCGCAUCACGGGCAGUACGGCCGACGGCAUCGUCUCGAUCUCCUCAAAAAUAACCACGAUAAUGACCAUACAUUCUCUGGCUUUGCUCGUAUCGUGGGAAAGGGAGGUGAUUCCACGCGAGACCGCGACUUUCUGGUGUCCAUGGAAUUUUUUUCCGCCUUCGAGCCAUUGAGUGCUUCGGGGUCGGGAAUACUGGUACAGCCGCGGAAGGGGUCACAGCAUAGGCAGGGAGAGGCCGUCAGACCAAAAGGGAUGGCUUCAAUUUUGUCGAGCUUGAACGAACGCAAAUAUUUUUGCUUCAGCACAUUCGCAUUGGUCAGAGCCGCCAUCUGCGAUGUAGCCGUCCCGCAUUUUUCUUCCUAGGCCUAAUGCGCCGUAGUGGGUGGUAAGAUGCAGGAAUUUCAACGGGCGGUCUAUGCAGUUGUCGUAUUGGGCCUGAUUUUCCCGCCUUGACUUUCGUUUGCGUCGCAUUCUUCGGACUCGUUGGUACAGGCGUCGCACUUUGUGCUCAGUCCUAGCUUUUGGAGCCGUUGCUUAAGCAAAAUGUGGCUUUCGUGGAAAGCGUAGAUUCAGAUGAAGUGACGAAUCGACUUUGAAUAGAUUGUUCUGAAUUUUCAAGCGUGGUUUCGUCGCACGCGGACGUGUUGCUGCGACAGUCAUCUAGCUGAUCGGUAGGAGCAUUUUCUUGUUUCGUUUUCAUCGUGGCCUCGCUUUCGUGACAAUCGCGGGUAUCUUCCUCGUGAUUGCCCUGACUACCCUCCAUGGUGAGUUCAUCCGCCGGAUGGGUCGACGCAGUCAGGAGUCACUCGCCAAGGCAAAUGCUGUGGCUGGCCAGGUCUUGUCAUUAGUCCGUGUCGUCCGCUCGCACGGGGGGGAGGGCCAAGAGCUUGCUCGGUACGGUGCCGAGCUUCACAAUACCUCGAACAUGCUAGAAAGCCA